AUGCCUGUUUUGGGAAUUGACCUGGGUACGCUUACCAGUACCGUUGCUACUAUUCAAAAGGGUGCUAUUCAAAUCGUGCUCAAUGAUAUAUCCGCUAGGCAGACGCCGACAAUUGUAUCAUUUACUAAGCGUAACAGGUUAACUGGAGAUCGUUCAUUAGCUGAGCUAAAAACAAAUUUCUCUAAUACUUGCCGUGGAUUGAAAAAUCUCCUGGGUUUACUAAAUAGAAGUGAUAGCAAGAUAGAUUUGUACGAGUCUUACUGCGAUUUUGAUUUAAAUAAAGAUGGACGGGGGGCAUACAGAGUCCAUUAUUGCGGUGAAAAACGUUCCUUUACAGUCACGCAAGUUGUUGCAAUCUACUUACGUGCAUUGGCUGAUAUGGCAAAUAAAUACCUAAACUGUGUCAAUAGGGAGAUUGUAAUCUCAUACCCUCCUUGGUUUUCAGAUUCGCAGAAGGAAUCUUUACUAGCUGCAAGUAGAAUUGCUGGACUUGAUUGCUUAAGAGUUAUGAACGAAGAUACCGCACUUGCACUCGAUUAUGGAAUGCAUAGGUUGAAAGAAUUCAAUAGUGAUACUCCAGUUGUUGUGGUAUUUGUGAUGAUUGGGCAUGCCAAUUCAUCAAUAACAAUUGUAGACUUUUAUAAAGAGAAGUUGGAGAUCCAAUCGGAAGUUUUUAGGAAAGAUUUGGGCGGCCGUAACAUCGAUCAUUUGUUGGCACAGUACUUUGCCGACUCAUUUAAGAAGAAGUACAAUCUUGAUCCAAUGGCCGGAACUAAAACCCGAAUUAAACUGGAGGAGAUGGCCAAUAAAACCAAAAAAAUCCUAUCUGCAAAUUCCGAUGCAUACUACAAUAUUGAGUGUCUCGUGGAUGAUCAUGAUCUGACUGGGAGUAUUUCUAGGAGUGAUUUUGAAGAUAUUUUGAACCAAUCAUUUAUACCAACGUUAGUUGGUAUGUUAGAUGAUGCUAUGAAAAUUUUCGGGCAACCGAUUGACAAGAUUCACAAUAUUGAAGUUGUUGGCGGAUGCCCAAGAAUACCUUGUGUACAACGCGCUAUUUCAAAUUUUUUCAAUAAACCGCUCAGUAAAACGCUCAACGCAGAUGAAUGUGUUGCCAGAGGUUGUGCUUUACAGGCCGCUAUGUCAUCUUUGCAUUAUCGCGUUCGUGAUUACUAUUGUUACGAGAGAGUGUGGAGGCCAGUUAACGCCAUUUGCAGGCAAUUGCCGUAUGAUCAAACACAACUUACAAGUGGUGAAGUUGUUGAGAUAAUUCAAUUUGGAUCACCUCUAAAUUAUAUCGCUGAGAUCAAACUUCCGCUGGGGGCUAUGGGUUACGAAAUAUCUGCAUCCUAUGGCGAUCCUCACGUUGUAAAUUCUGAUUUUCUUGGCACAUGUUCGGUUCAUUUAUCGAACCAAAAUCUUGAGGAUGCAUCUCAUGUUAUCGUACGUGCGGGAUUCUCUCCUCAUGGGAUCUUUACCUUCAUAGAUUCAUAUAUAGUCAAUAUUAGUCAGGCUGCUGAAAAUGAUAUGGAUACUGAAAGGAGCGAAUCAAAUAAGAGGAUGUUGGAAGUACAAAUUAGACCAUUCUACGGAAAAUGUGAUAUGGAUGAGUUGGAUGGUUUUUGCAAGGAUGAAGAUAAAAUGCAGAAAGUUGAUGCAGCAGAGCAGGAUAGAUUAAUGAAGUUGAACGAUCUAGAAACGUGUAUUUAUGAUUUCCGAGACAAGAUCAAUGGGUCACAUAAGCAGUUUAUAUCAUCAAAUGAUGCUACCAAGCUAUGCAAAUUGAUUGGAGAAGUGGAAGAAUGGUUAUAUGAAAAUAACGAAGCGGCAAUAAGCGAAUUUGAUUCAAGGAUCUGUACUAUUAAUACGCACUGGGAGCCGGUACAAUACAGAUUUAAGGUGUAUAAUGAGAAGAAACAGAACCUACCCAGGGUUUUUGAGACACUGAGGCAAGUUGAAACUUUUUGUGCCGAUACCGAGAACCCAAAAUAUGCAUCAAUUACAUUGGAACAGCGUAGUGAAUUGGCAAGUGACUGUGAGGCUUUGAGAAAUUUUUUGGAUAGAUCUCAAAAGGAAGAGGCAAGUAAACCAUUGGAUAGCGACCCAUGUUUCACUAUGGAAACUGUAAAUGACAGAUUAAAAUCACUUACGGUCAGAGCACAGGCCCUGAUGGACACAGCUAAGAAAGCCAAAAAAGAAGAGGAAACUAAUAAAAGCACCAACGAUGAUCCUAAUCAUAAUAAUGGUAAUAAUAGUAGCGAAACUAACUGUGGAGAUGGAACCAGUGGAAAUAGUGUUGAAGAUAAGAUAGAGUAG